UUCCCAGGCUUCUCCUCCCCCCUUCCCCUGCAUCUCACUUUCCUUCCAUGUUCUCAUGCGUACACACACCGCCAUGGUCCUCGCACCCGUGGUCUCAUAGUUAAGAGUGGUCGAGGAGAUUGACUUUAGCGGAGUGGUGGGUAUGGUUGCGGCAAUGGCUGGUGGUGUCUCCUCAUCUUCCAUGGCCUCCUCAGACACUGAACUCAGCAGGCAAAGUGUGCUCUUGGGAUCUAGUUUUCAGCAUAAUGGGAGUGGCUCUGAAGCCGCGGCCCAUGACAUGAGAUGCGUCAAGAUGGCUCCUGUCCUCAUACCCUACCCCGGCCCCCUCUUCCCUGAUGGAGAGCAAAUGCUUAGUUUCUCCUCAGCAUCCGGGCAAGCCUCAAUGAUGCUCAACCUGGAUAGAACUUUGCCUUACCACCAACACCACCCAUCAGCAUCUACUUCUUCUACAUCUUCAUUUCUCAGGAAUGCAGGGUUGGAUUCUGGCAACUUUGAUGUGAACAUGCAUGGAGUGAGGGGGCCCUUCGCGCCAUCUCAGUGGCUGGAGCUCGAACGCCAAGCCUUGAUCUACAAGUACAUUGUUGCAUAUGUGGCCAUACCACCCAACCUUCUCAUCCCUAUUAGAACAAGUCUAAGCCCUUCUGGGUUUUCUCCCUUCUCAGUUGGAUCCUUUGGCUCAAGCUCAUUAGGAUGGGGAUCAUAUCAUCAAAGAUAUACUGGAAAUGAUGAUCUGGAACCUGGUAGAUGCCGUCGAACGGAUGGGAAGAAAUGGCGGUGCUCAAAGGAUGCCAUUGCCGACCAGAGGUACUGUGAGCGGCACCUGAAUCGGGGUCGCCAUCGUUCAAGAAAGCGUGUGGAAGGCUGCACUCGCCAUGGCUCGGAAGCCAUAGCCAUAGUACCUCUGCAGUCUGCUUCUGCCAUUUCUGGCAGCAGAACAUCUGAUAAUCUCCCCACUUCACAGCACCAGGCUGCAAACUUAGAGACAAACAUCAAUGACUGUUGCCCUGCACAAUUUGAUAGGAUGCCAAUGAGCAAAGGAAAUGUAAAUGAGCGUGCACAGGAAUCUGAAGGCCUCUCCAUGCGAGGCCUUUUGAGAUCAAGACCCAUGAGUGACUUAUUUCCAGUAUCAGAGGAACAUAAUGCCUUUGAAGAGACCCCAUCUGGAGUAAAACUUGGGCACGUUUCCAUGGAUUCACUUUUUAAUGAUUCAAGUAGCACCUCCUCAGAUAAUAUCAGCAGCUAUAUCACCACUGCAAAUCUCAAUGAUCAGCAGAAGAGACCCCAUCCCCUUCAAUGCUUCAACGAUGAGUCUGAUCAUUCAAAUAUAUCCUGGUCUGGGGUAGAAAUGCAAUCUGAUAGAACCCAAUCGUCUAUCUCGUUCCCUAUGGCUUGUUCUCCCUGCAAUUCAUCAGCAGAAUAUGAUCCCAUCAAUGUAGGUCUGAGAGUUGGUGUACCAUGCAAAUUAAGCAAAUGUCAAACUGGUUGGUUACCGAUCUCCCCGGAGUCUUCUAUGGCAGGACCGCUAGGAGAGGUCCUAAACAGAACUAGCAGCACUAUCAAACAACAGAUAAACUUCUCGACUGAUAGCUGUGAUUUUAGCCCUUGGUUGGAGUCCUCGCCAACCGGUGUCCUACAGAAAGUUUUGUUUGGUUCAGUGUCCAGCAGCACCGGAAGCAGCCCUGGGGCUGAGAACAGCAAGUCCCACAAAAGCAAUGGAAGCUUGUGUGAGGAUGUUUGUGGCUCAACCCUUGAAGAUCUUCAUACCAUCCCCUCAUAAUGUGCUUUGAUCAGAAACCUGCAACAAGAAGACAGCAGAAGCAGGAGACAAAAUGAGAAGAUGAUACAAGAAAAAGUCUACUGAAAAGCAUGGCACUUGUGUUGAUUUGAAGUAAGGACUGCAAGACCAAUGAGCUUCCCUUUUCUAGUUGUGUUCUUUAUUUGCUCGUUUUAUUGUGUACUAUUCACUCUAAAAUUAUGCACAAAACAUGGUGCAUGGCUUCAAUUAAUCACCUUUCUGGGAACAGAAGCAUCCUAUAAUUAAGGUGCUUUAUCUGCAGAUCUGAUGUGAUAAUUUGAUCUGCAGACAAAACAGUGUCUUUCUAAGAUAUUCUACCGAGUUUCAGAA